CGAGUGCACUCGCUAGUGCGCGAGCGGCGCGUCUAUAGCGCACUAAUCAAUCGGAAAAAGGAUAUGAGACCAGACGCACUCGUUCCAGGGUAGCCUUGAAGGGGACAAUAUCAGGCUUUGAGAAGCAAAACCGAUUCUGUUUGGAAUAUUUUGACUUGGUAUUUUCCUCACACACACGAGUCGUUCAACAUGGAAAAUGUUCCAAACCCCAAAAGGACCGUCACAGUUCAGAUGAUGCCGCAGCUCGCCAGUAUAGACUUGCUGGGAAAUAAAGAGUUAAAUGCUAACUGGGACAUUGAGCCAAAGUUAACCUUAAAUCAGGAUUGCUCCUCUGGCCAAAAAACGAAAGCAGAUCAGGAUAAUAUGCACCUCAAGUCCUCCAUCAAAGAUUCCCACGCCGCUCUCCUCGAAGGGACUGUCCUUGAAGACAAAAACAUGUCAUGUCAUGACAGCGAAGAUCACAGGCGACCUCAAAACAGCCACGUGAACAUAAAGACAUCAGGACAGAUUGUGACAGAUUAUGAUACAAAUCUGAAUUCACAUAACAUCAACAAGGAGAAAAAUGGCAACAGCACAACAAAAGCACCUGCAAACGAACAACAUGUGCUUAAAGCACCAGUAGUUGAGGUAAAUAGUGCAAUCAAAGAGACAAUUCACAAUGAAACACCUUCCCUUCAGAAGAAUUCAUCUCCCAGUGACAAAAUCAAGUCGCAUUUAUCUGAAUCAAAGGAUACGAGUUGUACCCCCAGCAUAACUACUCCAGCAUCGACCAGCAACACUCCCUCAUCAGCAGAAAUAUUAAAAAGUAUUCAGCAACCCCUGAAAAACCAAUCUGCUAAAGAGGACUCAUGUAGCAAUGAUUCCAAGGACUUUAAACCACCAGGAACUGAUUCUACUGGGCUUCCAUUGGCAUCAACCAACACAAGUCAUUCAGUUUGCACAGAAGCGAUUGACGAGGAAGUCCAAACGCAGGGAGCUGCUCCCGAGGUCCAUUGCAAACUCUACCGUGAAGCAUCAACCAUGACUUCAGCUGUUGAUUUUGGCAACCAACAGCACGAUGCUGAGGUGCAGGCUGUGGUUAUGGUCUGCAGUCAAUCUACAACCACCAGCCCGAGUCUUCUCUCUCAGCAAGUCCAACAGAAAGCGGUUGGCCUGCUGCCUGAGGAGACUGACAGUAUUGCGGUGGUGGUUGAGGUGAAAACCACAUCAGAGAUUCAUUGCAGCACACCAUCUGUUGUUUCGAAGCCUUCCCAGUCAGGGACUGUGAUGGUGCACGUAGAUGCUGACCUUCAGGAAGAGUCCAAGCUUGGGGCCAAGCCUAAAGAGCCUCUACAGAACGGCCAAAGAGGACUUUCGCAACUUCAACCAGUAUAUCAGAUUAAUAUCGAGACCUGCAGCCAAAGCAAGCAAUCAAACGAGACUACCUGUCACCUUCAGAGCCAAGCAGCUUCAACGACAGCUCCACAAAAUGCAGUGAAGGUAUCCAACAAAGCAGAUCCGGAUCUCCAAAAGAAGCCAACUAAGACUCCAACAUCUAAAUCCGAAGGUGUUUCUACGAAGCUUCCAAUGGAUAUCACCACAGCUACUCCUCCGACAUCAAGCUCCACACCGCAAAGUAAAAAAAGGUUUGGAGCGAAAAAGCCGGUGCCGGAAAAAGACGACCAGGAUGAGGAGGAACAGGCCAAGGAGUCGAAGAAAAGCGUGCAUGAUGUUGUGUGGGAUGAGCAAGGGAUGACGUGGGAGGUAUACGGGGCGUCAGUGGAUCCAGAGUCAUUGGGUUUCGCCAUUCAGAGUCACCUUCAGUGCAAAAUCAAGGAGCACGAGAAGAAGAUAAUCGCCCAGACGACUUUCAGAAAAUCCUUGUCUUCGCCUCCUGGCAAGAAGAGUAAGAGGCGGCAGGUUAAUGUUAACUUCAGGUCUAUGUUUCAAAAUGUUCGCCGACCCAACUGUUGCGCACGACCAUCAGUGCAAGAAUAACAGUAAUAAUAAAAAACCUUCGGUUGUCGUUUAAAGGGGAUCUUCCGAAAGACUGUGCAAAGCAUGUGGGGAGAUUUCGCUCAGCUAUUUUUUUUUUGUUUGUUUGAAGAGUUUGUCGUAUAUAGAAUCUAACGGUGAUUUAAUGAGUGUCGUGUGGAGAUCAGUCGCGUCUUGAGGAAAAUAUUUUUAGAAGAAGAUUGAAAUUAUUUAUGGUGAUAGUAAAGCUAUAAUGAUGUUUAGAGUGCAACGGCAAUAAAUAUAAUUAAAUAUAAUAACAGUAACGAUAAAAUGUAGUAAUCUGCAUGUUUAUUAGUUCAGAAUGGUUUUAACUACCCAAGAUUAUGCACUGUGCCGAUCUCAUGGGGAAAACGUAACAAUUUAGCAUUUUGGCGAAUUCGUAGGAUCACAUUCAUUUUUUUAGUCAUACUUUCCAAUACGGGAUGCAUUGUUAAUGUGUUUACUAACAUGAACAAACGACAAACAGUACAUUUAUUGAAGUAUUUAUUCAUGAAUGAGAUUGUUCGAAUUAGCUAAAACGUUAAAUACUUGCGAAUUGUCCUGAGAUUAGGUUGGCACUGACAAGCAAAUGUAUGCAUAUAACCCUUUUUACUGACAUUGCUUAGUUUAAUAUAUCUUUUUAAACUUUCGUAGGAUAUGUUUGGUAAAUAUAUGAUUUGCAUCAUUUGAUUCGUACAUUAAUUGGUUGUGACUAUUUAAUUCUUUUAAUUACAUUUAGAAAAAAAAGAGAAGAGCCUCGCAAUGCUUGUUGCCGUAAUUGGUGUAAACUGAGCCCAUUUCUGUUCAAGAAUUCAACAGUGAUGUUACUAUGAUUUUAUAUUAAAAACGAGGAAAAACAAAUGCAGUUAUCAGUGACUGUGCUUGCAGCAAUCAGCGGUUGCCAAGUGUUUCAUCAAGAUCAACAAUGUUUUAAUCAAUUGCAUUUCUGCUGAAAUAAUGAUGCACUUAAAGAUACAUC